AUGAGGCGGAGUGCUGUUGAGGGUUCAGGCGGGCAUGAGUCCGGCAUGACGCAAAUUGGACUGGAAGACGCAGCAGCGGUUCCACGUGAUAAGGUGGGUUUCGUCAAACUGCCACGAUCCUCCAUUGCAAGAAAGGCGCUGCUUUUGGUAGCGAAUUGCCCUCUCGCUUGGACUGCAAUCGCGUCUCUUCUGAUGGUACCGGUGCCUGUGUUGCCUUGA